AUGAGUGAUGAUUUUGUAAGAUUCUACAAAUCUUUGGAUAGCAGCAAGUUCAAGGUAUUUGUAAAAGGGGAGUGGUACAGUGUUUUUGAUGACGAUAUCAGGCAUGUUACAGGCCACGGACAUGGAGAUGUUGUCAGAAAAGGCGGCAUGAAUGAGCUGAGGAUAUCAAAAGGAGAGGCAGAGGAGGUGAUGAAGUCGCUGCUUACAAGAAAGAGCGGAGGAAUGGCUGUGCAGGAGUAUAGUGGAUAUGAGCUUGUAAGAGAAGGAUAUCCUGGGAAUUGGCACGACUUUGCAGACAUGCUUCUUGAUAGCAAACAGACGCCUUCUGUUGCAGCAGUGAAGAUUGCGGAAUGUGUGGAGAUCAGUUUUGUUGGUAGUUGUGAAUCCACAAUGUAUACAUGCAUAUUCAAGGAUGAUGAUGUGUUUAGCGGCCUCUACGGGAUUCUGAAUGAGGAGAACAUUGUGGAAGUGGUUUGUGACACAACCAGAGCAGAAGAGCUUCUCAACAGGUAUGGAAUACCGAGUCACUUGAGAAAGUGCAAUGGAAACACAACGAGGAUGCUGUGUGAGUAUCUGAGGGUGGAUGAACAGAGAUAUGAGCAUAGGGAGUAUGUUAGGCGAUUUGUAUGUCGAGUGGACAAGAAUGCGCUAUUUGCACUGAAUGUGCUGAAUGAAGACGAGCACUGCGUUUUUAGUACGUUUUCGUGCGUUACCAAUCAGGGCCAUAGGCAUCUCCAGAAGAUGUUUCUACAGCCGUUGACUGAUAGGGAUGCAAUUGAGAAGAGGCUGGAUGUUGUAGAAGCAUUGAUGCAGGUUGACCUAAAAGGGCUGAAGGGAUUUCCUGAUCUUCAGAAGCACAUUGGAAGGAUUUGGAACGGACGAAUAAGCUUCAAGGAGAUGCUCAGGCUGAUUGAAGCGAUUCGAUGUGUUCCUGGGAUUGUGAAGGUUCUGGGGUCGUCAGCAUGCCUUAGAGAAACAUUUGCAGCCACACUUGAUGCAGCUUGCAAACACUUUGAUUUGUUUCUGGAUGAGGCCAACAAGAUGAUUGAUGUGUAUUCAGAAGAAGAGUGUGGCUACACAAUCAGGCCUGGGUUUUCAGAUAAGCUUGGCGAGCUUAGGAAGUUGCUUGACGAGGUUGAUAGGGAAAUAUAUACAGAAUACGAAAGGGUGUAUAGAGUGUAUCCGCAUGCAAGAUAUGAUGCAAGUACAGGGAUGUUUAGGAGUACAAGGGGAGAGUACCAGAGAAGCCAGGAUGUUUUCAAGAAGGAAGGAUUUCUUGAGCUUAGCCUUACGAAGGGAGGUGUUUCGUUUACUACACGAAUGCUAUCGUGCAUGAAUGAAAAGAAAGCACAUAUCAAGGCAGGCAUAGAUAGAGAAGAAGAAGUGGUGCUUGGGAAGCUUAGGAUGAUGAUAAAGAAGUAUCUGCCAGAUGUCGAGUGCAUUAAUCAUUUGGUUGCACAUAUCGACGUACUCAAUGCGUUUUCGAUCAAGGCAAGUGUUGCGGGAUAUUCAAGGCCAGUAUUCAGCGAUCGCGUGUUUGAGAUAAGGAGCGGGUUUCACCCUGUGCUUGAGGACAGAAACUGCAUAAGAAACACAGUUAGCAUGGGCGAAAAGAGAAUGUGUGUGGUGACUGGCCCGAACAUGGGAGGCAAGAGCACAUUUAUCAAGACUUGUGGUGUUAUUGCUCUAAUGGCGCAGAUUGGAUGCUAUAUACCUGCGGAGUAUGGAGUGCUUCCGAUAUUUGAUGGGAUAUAUGUAAGGGCUGGCGCCGGUGAUUGUGCGUUUACGGGCGCAUCGACAUUCAUGGCUGAGAUGGUUGAUAUAGCAAGGAUUUGCCACCUGAGCACGCGUAGUUCGCUGAUUAUUAUUGACGAGCUUGGAAGGGGAACAAGCGCAAUAGACGGACUGAGCAUUGCACAGGCAGUGAAAGAGCAUAUUGUGUCCAAAGGUGCGCUGUGCUUCUGUGCAACACACUUUCCGGAGCUUUGCGGAGAAGAUGUUGUCAACAAACGAGUCAAGAGCGAUGGCACACUCCUUAUGUAUGAGGUUAUUGAUGGUGUUUGCGACACGAGCUUUGGCAUUAUGGUUGCUGAAAAAGCAGGUUUUCCAAGCGACGUGGUUGAAAUGGCCAAAGCAUACAUGGAUAUAUAG